AUGCAUUUUCCAAUAGACAGGUUCCACCCAGCAGUUGGCUUGAUGGAGAGGAUCCAGGCCAUUGCUCAGAACGUCUCCGACAUCGCCAUGAAGGUGGAUCAGAUUCUACGCAACAGCCUCGUGAAUGGAAAACCAGCGAUCGAAGGCAGACGGGACCAGUGUGAGGUGCCCAAGGACCCUAACUAUCCCGACUGCUCUGGAAAAGUAGAGUGGAUGAGGGCCAGGUGGACGUCCGAUCCCUGCUAUGCAUUUUUUGGUGUGGAUGGCACUGAAUGCUCAUUCCUCAUCUACCUCAGUGAAGUUGAGUGGUUUUGCCCUGUGCUACCUUGGAGAAAUCAGACGGCAGCUGCACCUUCCACAAAGCCACCACCCAGAGUGCAGGCAGCUUUUCAGAGAGACCUCUCCUACCUCCUGGAGCUGAUUGGCAGUGGCAAGGAGUCUUUGAUCUUCAUGAAGAAAAGGAUCCGACACUUGGCUACACAAUGGCUGCGCGCUUCAUAUAAACUUGAAAAGAAGCUGGCUGGCAAACCGAGAGAUCAGAAACAGAUUUUGAUCCAUAUUGGCUUCUUGACGGAGGAAUCCGGGGAUGUUUUCAGCCCUCGUGUGCUAAAGGGGGGCCCACUGGGGGAGAUGGUCCAAUGGGCUGAUAUUUUAGCAGUCCUCUUCAUCUUGGGCCACAGCCUGAAAAUCACAGUCUCUUUGAAAGAGCUUCAGAGUAACCUAGGGGUGCCUCCGGGAAGAGGGAAUUGCCCCUUAACAGUCCCAUUGCCCUUUGAUCUCAUUUAUACUGAUUACCAUGGGCUGCAGCAAAUGAAGCAACACAUGGGCCUCUCCUUUAAGAAGUACAGGUGCCGCGUUCGAGUAAUUGACACUUUUGGAACAGAGCCUGCAUAUAAUCACGAGGAAUAUGCAACGCUGCAUGGCUACCGGACAAACUGGGGCUAUUGGAACCUGAAUGCUAAGCAGUUCAUGACAAUGUUUCCUCAUACGCCUGACAAUUCCUUCAUGGGUUUUGUGUCUGAGGAACUCAACCAGACUGAGAAGCAAUUUAUUAAAUCCAACAAAGCAAACAACAUGGCGGUGGUAUAUGGAAAAGAAGCCAGUAUUUGGAAGUUGCAGGGCAAAGAGAAAUUUCUUGCUAUCCUUAACAAGUACAUGGAGAUCCAUGGCACUGUUUAUUAUGAAACCCAGCGUCCACCUGAAGUCCCAGCUUUCGUGAAGAAUCAUGGCCUUCUACCACAACAUGAGUUCCAGCAACUGCUGAGGAAAGCCAAGAUCUUCAUUGGGUUUGGUUUCCCUUACGAAGGCCCUGCCCCUUUGGAAGCAAUUGCCAACGGGUGUAUUUUCCUGCAGUCCCGUUUCAACCCACCCCACAGUUCACUCAAUCAUGAAUUCUUCAGAGGGAAGCCCACAUCCAGAGAGGUAUCCUCCCAGCAUCCUUAUGCACAAGAUUUCAUAGGGAAACCCCAUGUGUGGACAGUAGACUAUAACAAUUCUGAGGAGUUUGAAGCUGCUAUCAAAGCCAUCAUGAGAACCAAGGUUGAUCCCUACCUGCCCUACGAGUACACAUCUGAAGGGAUGCUGGAGAGAAUUCAUGCCUAUAUUCAGUACCAGGAUUUCUGUGCUGCUGCCAUUGUGCCAGACACAUCUGCUAUGCAAAGUUCCACAAGCCCAUUCAUCCUGCAGCCCAAUAUGACUCACCUGGCAUGGGCUCACAAUGCCAGCAGCAGCCUCCCAACCUGGCCCCCAGUCAACUCCAUGCAGGUGUGGCUGUCAGAGGCUGGACAGGCAUGCACCAGUACCUGUCAGCAGCAUGGGCUGGUCUGCGAGCCAGAGUUUUUCAAGUUCAUCAACAAGAAGGAAGUGUUUCAACAGCUCAACAUUGUUUGCGAUAGCACUGAGUCAGAGAUGAAUCACCUCUACCCAGCUGUGGCUGAAAACGUCCGGGAGUGCUACCUCCAGAAGGAACCUUUACUAUUCAGUUGUGCAGGGUGCAGCACCAAGUACCAGCGGCUCUGCCCUUGCCGUGACUACCGGAAAGGACAAGUGGCACUCUGCAGGGACUGUUUGUGAUUCUACCAGCACAUGUCUAUUGUGACAUACCACAUAUAGCAAGUAGCUUUUUUCGUAAAGCUUCUGCAAUACUCAAGAAGAUCCCAAAUGGGUUUUCCUUCUCGAAGACUUGUGAAAAUACUUGGAUGUCAAUCAGACUUAAUUGGUUGUUUUGUCUACAAGUCAAGGGGAAUUACCCCUCUUCCAAUAUUAGUUUACUUCUUAAAGCAUAUCUCCUACUACAUCCAAGUCAGUUGAAGACCUCAGAGGGACUUAGGAGGGCCAUGAGCCACAUCCUCCUGAAGAACAAAGCACCACUUUAGGAUCUCAUCUUCCUUAAGCAUCUUUAUUUAUUUAUCUAUUUAUUUAUCUAUUUAUUUUUAUUGAGAGAGGCGUGGAAAUUAAAGCAGAAAAAUCAA